AUGGAACAACAGAAGAGUCAGUAUGUGAAGGCAGCUUGUACAUUGUCAGGAUCUCGUCUGGUGCUGCUGUUGGUCCUGAUAAUGGAUUUUUCUCUCUACCUCCUGACUCUGCUCUCUCUCCUCUCUUUGUGCACAGAGCUAAACCUCUGCUGCUCUUUCUCUGCAGCUCAGUGGUGUUACCAGAAUCAGUACUCCUGUGAUGACACAUGCAGAGAACCAGGCCACUGGGCAGCUCAGUUUCCGAGCUGUGGAGGAUUACGCCAGUCACCCAUCAACAUUGUCACCAGCAAAGUACAUAUCAACAGCGCUCUGCCACCUUUUGAUUUCAUUGGCCACACCAACAAAAUGAACAUUACAGUGGAAAACAAAGGACAUUCAGCUCACUUUACUCUGCCACAGUCGGUCCGUCUGGCAGGAGGAGCUCUGCCCGGUCACUACAGAGCUGCCCAGUUCCACUUCCACUGGGGAGGGAAUGGGAGACCGGGUUCAGAGCACACCAUCGAUGGGGAGAGGUUCCCAAUGGAGCUGCAUAUAGUUCAUAUCAAGGAGCCGUACGGUUCUCUGACUGAGGCUGAACAUGACAUGGCUGGUAUCGCUCUGCUCGCCUUCCUGUUUGAGGAAACAGCUGAUGAUAAUCCUAAUUUGGACACAAUAAUAGCUGCUCUGGGACGUGUUAAAAACAACGGCAGCACGACAGAGCUCUCAAACUUUAGACUAAGUGAUGUCAUCCCAUCUGCAAAGGAGCUCCACAGUUACUACCGCUAUGUGGGCUCCAUGACGACCCCAGGAUGUGAACAGGCCGUGGCUUGGACUCUGUUCCACAGGACUCUGCCCAUCAGCAGUCGACAGCUGGACGCCAUCACUCAGCAGUGUCAUUUUUGGACAGGACAGCCCAUGAAAGACAUCUACAGACCCACUCAGCCUCUAGAUGGCAGAGUUGUCUACCGCUCUGAUGCUGUUGAAAUUCUGCCCAAUCUGAUUCUCUUGUGUGUGUUUGGAGUUUCAUCAGUUGUGAUUGGGUUAUUAGUCACAAUACACUAAAUAAAUAAAUAAACCAUAAAAGCAUUUAAGCAACAUAUGUUUAAAGACAACUUUUACUUGUGUUGUAGUAAAUCAACUGUUAGUAAUGGUAAAUCUUUUUAACUGUAAUUUAUAGCCUGUGAAUAUUAAGAGAUGGGAAUUUUAUCAGAACUGCUGAUGUUGUAAAUGUCACAAGUUACUAUUAAAAAAUGUA